CUCCCGACUCCAUCCCCGCCUCAUCUGCCCCAGCAGCCGCUCUACAGCUCACCGCAGCUUGUUCAAGCCUAGUCUCGCUGUAGCCGACCUGCAGGCUCGGCGCUUGCCACAGACGCUCAGCCGUUCGACACGGCCGCACCUGCUCGCUCCCACUCGCCCCUCGGCAUCGCGCGUCAAUCCCACAGCUCCGGCCGGCUGGCCGCUGUUUGCCGUUACAUCGCUCGCCUACCGAUCUGCGCGCACUUAGCCGCUGCGAUUCGCCACUAGCAUGUCCUCGCAGCUGUCCGACUCGACGCUGCAUGCGGCGCCCAUCGCGGCGGACCCGUCCAGCUCGCGUCCUUCGGCACAUGCUCAGCGCUACGAUCGGCAGCUGCGGCUCUGGGCCUCCUCGGGCCAGCGCUCGCUCGAGUCGGCCCAUCUGCUCUGCGUCGGCAGCACGGCCCUGGCGGGACAGAUUCUCAAGAAUCUCGUGCUGCCCGGCGUGGGCCGCGUGACGGUCGUCGACGAUGCGCCCGUGACCGAGGCGGAUCUUGGCAACAACUUCUUCCUGGAGGAGGAGAGCCUGGGCCGCAGCCGGGUGCGCGAGAUGACGCGCUUCGUCUGCGAGCUCAAUCCUGACGUCGAAGGUCAGGCGCGAGAAGAGUCUCCUGCCUCGCUGCUCUCGGACAACGCGCCUCUGCUGCAGUCAGCAACGCUCGUGCUGCUGGUCAGCCAGGCGCCCGACGUCGUCGAUGCCAUCUGCAAUGCGCUGUGGGACGCCGAGGCCAAUGUGCCGGUUCUUGUGGUGCGGAGCAGCGGACUGGUGGGCGAGGUUCGAGUGCAAGCUCGCGAGUGCGGCAUCAUCGAGACGCACCCCGAGUCCACGGAUGAUCUCCGCCUCGUCGACCCCUUCCCCGAGCUGCGCAGCCUCGUCGACGCAUACGAGAUAGACCGCGCAGACACGCACGCGUACUCGCACAUCCCAUUCGUCGUCAUCCUGCGACGAGCGUUAGACAAGUGGGAGGCGCAGCAUGGCAAGCUGCCGACUUCAGACGACCGCAAGGCAUUCACUGCGCUCAUCAAUGACGAGCGCGACAGCAAGGCCGAGGGCGAGAACUUCGACGAGGCCAUAGCUGCCAUGGGCAAGCAUGUCUGGCGAGCCCUAUCCGCACCCAAGGUGCCGACUGCAGUGGAGGAGCUCUUCGACGCACCAGAGUGCGAGCAGAUCGGGCCCAAGUCCUCCAACUUCUGGCUGCUGCUCCACGCGCUGCGCUCGUUUGUGCGCUCCUCGCCGGGCUCAACACCUCGCGGGAGCGGCGGUCGCCUGCCGCUGCCCGGCUCGGUGCCCGACAUGAAGGCGCUGUCACCCACCUACGUCGCUCUCGUGGGCGCCUAUCGCACGCGCGCCGCUGCAGACCUGGCCGACUUUCAGCAGCACCUGGACGCCACGCUGCAGCGUGCCGGCGUGCCCGAGCGCAUCGACGCCGAAGAGGUGGCGCGCUUUGUCAAGUUGGCCGGCUACGUGCGCCUGACCAAGGGACGCAAGCUGCACGACGCCAAGAGCUCGCCGAAUAAGGAACCCAUCGCUGCCGCACUGUCGGAUCCCAUCAACCCCGUCGUGGUGCCGCACGCGCUGGCCUUUAUGGCGGCGGACGAGUUCUACCUCGCGCACCGCCGCUUCCCCGGCUCGUCGCGCGCGUUUGCGUACUCGCUGCACGGCGGCCGCUCGCAGGAGUGGGCGCAGCAGGGCCAGCGCUCGUACGACGGCGGCGUGCGCGAGAGCAAGCGGCAGCGCAGCGGCGAGCCCGAGGACGGCGACGACGAGCACGAGCCCGACGCGGACGACGACGAGCGCGAGCUGCAGCGCCUGGCCGAGGCCAUGUGCGCACGCCUGGACAUUGUCGAUGAGAGCGACACGAACCGUGUCGAGGAUGCCUGUCUCGAGCUUGUCCGCUCCGGCCAUGCCGAUGUGCCGAGCACGGCGGCGCUGCUGGGCGGCGUCGCGGCGCAGGAGGCCAUCAAGCUCAUCACGCGGCAGUACAUCCCGCUCGACAACACGGCCGUAUACGACGGCAUCCAGCAGGCCAUCGGCGUGUUCCGCCUCUGAGCAAUGGACAUCGUUGCCAUGCGCCUCGCACGAAGUGACGCAGGUGUCUCUCGUUCUCGCUCGUGCCAGAGCGAUGCUGAGGCGACGAGUCGGCUGGAGUGCGGGCCAGGCUCUCCCAAGGGGCUUCCGAGGAUGGGGGGCCGCCAGGUUGCAGAUGCAGGGAGCGGCGCGGCUGCUGCUGUGCCGCGCGGCUGAACGUAUGGAG